AUGAAUAAAAUCCUCCUCCUCCAGCUCCCGGAGGUCCAGUCCACUCCUCCUCCAUCAUCUCCCACCGACAACAACAAAACCACAUCCGAGCACACACAGAGCCACACACGCGGGACCACUCAGGACCCCUCUCAGCCGCAGAGCGAUCCGAACCCGGGCCCAUCAGCCAUGACGGAGAGCCCCAAGACCCACGUCAUCCUCCUGUCCUGCGGGAGCUUCAACCCCAUCACCAAAGGACAUAUCCACAUGUUCGAAAAAGCCAGGGAGUAUCUUCACCAAAGCGGACGUUACAUCGUGAUCGGAGGAAUCAUAUCCCCCGUGCACGACUCCUACGGAAAACCAGGCCUGGUGUCCAGCAGACAUCGCCUCACCAUGUGCCAGCUGGCAGUGCAGUCCUCAGACUGGAUCAGAGUCGACCCGUGGGAGUGUUAUCAGGACAAAUGGCAGACGACCUGCAGUGUGCUCGAGCAUCACAGGGAUCUCAUGAAGAGAGUUACCGGCUGCAUCCUGUCCAACAUCCACUCACCCUCCUCCACUCCUGUGAUUGGUCAGCUGACUCAGCCCCAGACCCAGACCACGCCCGUGUACCAGAACCAUGGCAACCUGAACAACAAGCCCACAGCCAUUAAACUUUGGGGUAAAAUCAGCGAAAACCUGGGGAAGAUGUGCUGCGUGCGCCCGCACAUGGACCACUUCACCUUCGUGGAUGAAAACGCAAACCUGGGCACCGCGGUCCGCUACGAGGAGAUCGAGCUCCGCAUCCUCCUGCUGUGUGGGAGCGACCUGCUGGAGUCUUUCUGCAUUCCCGGCCUCUGGAAAGACAGUGACAUGGAGGUGAUCGUGGGAGACUUCGGGAUCGUGGUGGUUCCUCGAGACGGAGCCGACACCGAACGCAUCAUGAACCAUUCGGCUGUGCUACGCAAGUACAAGGACAACAUCAUCGUGGUGAAGGACGCUGGGACUCACCCCAUGUCUGUGGUCAGUUCCACCAAGAGCAGACUGGCCCUUCAGCACGGAGACGGGCACGUGGUGGACUACCUGUACCAGCCGGUCAUCGACUACAUCCUACAGACCCAGCUCUACAUCAAGGCCUCGGGAUGA